AAACUAGUUGGGGUUUGGAGAGCUUUCAAGCUGUGAACACAUUUUGGUGCUUAGAGGGUGGCCAGCCCAGAGAGGGCCUAGAAGCUCAGCACCCCUUCCCCAUACCUUGCCCUCUGGUUGUUCCUGAGUUGUAUCCUUUAUAAUAAACAGGUAACAGUAAGUGAGUUCUGUGAGUUGUUCUAGCCAGUUGUCGAACCUGAGGAGGUGAGGGGUGUUGUGUGAACCCCGGAAUUUAUAGCGGCUUGGUCAGAAGAACCGGUGACAACCUGGGACUUGUGGUUAGUGUCUGAAGUGGGGGAAGUCUUGUGGGACUGAGCCCGCAACCUGUGGGGUCUGCGCUAAGUCUGGGAGUUCGUGUCAGAAUUGAAUUGAAUUGCUGGACACCCGGCUGGUGUCGGGAGAAUGGGAGAAUUGGUUGGUCUGCCCUGCUUCCUCACCAGACCUCACUUCCAGCCUGUGCGCUGCUGGGCUGGCCACAGGUUCAUGUCUGGAAGCUGCUUUGAGAGUCUUCUGAGGCCCUGGCCACUCCCUGCUGCCGUCCCUUUGAACCUGGUUCUUCUGUCUGCAGGCCUCCUGGGCCCGCUGCCUGUACAUGAUGAGGUGGCCACCCUGUUCCUGCCCCCUGCUGGGGGUCUGCGCCCUAGUCUCCUUGGCCCUCCUGGGGCACAUCCUGCUUCAUGACUUCGACGUGCUCCCCCGAGAGCUGCACAUCUCCUCCCUAGAGGAGAUUUACCCAGCUCGCCAGCCCAGAGCCAGCGGCCAAGGGCCCCAGCUCAUCCCAGGGCGCCACAGCAGCCCCAGGGCAGCACCCACACGGUGCGACGUGCCCCCCAACGGCCGCUUCGACUGCGCCCCAGACAAGGCCAUCACCCAGGAGCAGUGUGAGGCCCGGGGCUGCUGCUACAUGCCUGCAAGGCGGCCUCCGGGCACCCAGAUGGGGCAACCCUGGUGCUUCUUCCCUCCCAGCUAUCCCAGUUACAGGCUAGAGAACCUGACCACCACCAAGACGGGCUACACGGCCACCCUGAUCCGUGCCACCCCGACCUUCUUCCCCAAGGACAUCAUGACCUUGCGGCUGGACGUGCUGGUGGAGACUGAGAGCCGGCUCCACUUCACGAUCAAAGAUCCCACCAACCAGCGCUAUGAGGUGCCCUUGGAGACCCCACGUGUCCGCAGCCAGGCGCCGUCCACGCUCUACAGCGUGGAGUUCUCAGAGGAGCCCUUCGGGGUGAUCAUGCGGCGGAAGCUGGAUGGACGGGUGCUGCUGAACACCACAGUGGCCCCCCUGUUCUUCGCCGACCAGUUUCUGCAGCUGUCCACCUCCCUGCCGUCCCAGCACAUCACGGGCCUUGCUGAACACCUCGGGCCCCUGAUGCUCAGCACCAACUGGACCAAGAUCACUCUCUGGAACCGGGACAUUGCCCCGACGCCCGAUGUGAACCUAUAUGGAUCUCACCCUUUCUACCUGGUCCUGGAGGAUGGUGGUUUAGCUCACGGGGUCUUCCUGCUGAACAGCAAUGCCAUGGAUGUGGUCCUGCAGCCCAGCCCGGCCCUCAGCUGGAGGUCGACAGGCGGGAUCCUGGAUGUGUACGUGUUCCUGGGCCCGGAGCCCAAGAGCGUGGUGCGGCAAUACCUGGACAUCGUGGGCUACCCGUUCAUGCCACCGUACUGGGGCCUGGGCUUCCACCUGUGCCGGUGGGGCUACUCCUCCACCGCCAUCACCCGCCAGGUUGUGGAGAACAUGACCAGGGCACACUUCCCUCUGGACGUCCAGUGGAAUGACCUGGACUACAUGGACACCAGGAGGGACUUCACUUUCAACAAGGACAGCUUUGGGGACUUCCCGGCCAUGGUGCAGGAGCUCCACCAAAGUGGCCGGCGGUACAUCAUGAUUGUUGAUCCUGCCAUCAGCAGCUCCAGCCCUGCCGGGACCUACAGACCCUACGAUGAGGGUCUGAGGCGGGGGGUCUUCAUCACCAAUGAGACUGGGCAGCCGCUGAUUGGGCAGGUGUGGCCCGGACUCACCGCCUUCCCUGACUUCACCAACCCUGAGGCCCUUGACUGGUGGCAGGACAUGGUGGCCGAGUUCCACGCCCAGGUGCCCUUUGACGGCAUGUGGAUCGACAUGAACGAGCCAUCCAAUUUUGUGAGGGGCUCAGUGGAUGGCUGCCCCAACAGCAACCUGGAGAACCCGCCCUACGUGCCAGCCCCCUCUCCUCCAGGGGUGGUUGGCGGGACCCUCCAGGCAGCCACCAUCUGCGCCUCCAGCCACCAGUUCCUGUCCACGCACUAUGACCUGCACAACCUGUAUGGCCUGACCGAAGCCUUCGCCUCCCACAGGGCUCUGGUAAAGGCUCGGGGGACGCGCCCCUUUGUGAUCUCUCGCUCAACCUUUGCCGGCCAUGGCAAAUACGCCGGCCACUGGACAGGGGAUGUGUGGAGCAGCUGGGAGCAGCUUUCCUACUCCGUGCCAGAAAUCCUGCUCUUCAAUCUGCUGGGGGUGCCCCUGGUGGGGGCCGACAUCUGUGGCUUCCUGGGCAACACUUCGGAGGAGCUGUGUGUGCGCUGGACCCAGCUGGGGGCCUUCUACCCCUUCAUGCGAAACCACAAUGGCCUGAACAGCCUGCCGCAGGAGCCAUACAGGUUCAGCGAGACGGCACAGCAAGCCAUGAGGAAGGCCUUUGACCUGCGCUACAUGCUGCUGCCCUAUCUCUACACACUGUUCCAUGGGGCCCAUGUCAGAGGCGAGACCGUGGCCCGGCCCCUCUUCUUGGAGUUCCCCAAGGACCCCCACACCUGGACCGUGGACCGCCAGCUCCUGUGGGGGGAGGCUCUGCUCAUCACCCCCGUGCUCGAGGCCGGGAAGGUUGAAGUCACUGGCUACUUCCCCUGCAGCACGUGGUACGACCUGCAGACGGUGCCAGUGGAGGCCUUUGGCAGCCUCCCACCUCCUGCACCCCUCACAUCUGCCAUCCACAGCGAGGGACAGUGGGUGACACUGUCUGCCCCACUGGACACCAUCAACCUCCACCUCCGAGCCGGGCACAUCAUCCCCAUGCAGGGCCCUGGCCUCACGACCACAGAGUCCCGCAAGAAGCCCAUGGCCCUGGCCGUGGCCCUGACUGCGAGCGGGGAGGCCCGAGGGGAGCUGUUCUGGGACGAUGGGGAGAGCCUAGGAGUGCUGGACCGUGGGGCCUACACGCAGGUCAUCUUCCUGGCCAGGAACAACACCAUCGUGAACCAGCUGGUGCACAUGAGCAGUGAGGGGGCUGGCCUGCAGCUGAGGAAGGUGACCGUCCUGGGGGUGGCCACAGCCCCCCAGCAGGUCCUCUGCAAUGGUGUUCCUGUAUCCAACUUCACCUACAGCGCUGACAUGGAGGCAAGAGAGCCUAUAUUUGAGGCCUUCUGGCCUGUCCUUGAGGGUGGGCGAGGGGGCGGGAGGUGCCCACUGAGCUGGCAUCAUGGGAUUCCCUGUCCAGAAGGGAGAGGACACUCAGGCCUUACAAGGGGCGGAGAGGAACUGAUCCUCGCGGGGAGGAGUGGGAAGGUUCGGUCCUCGCACUUCACAUUUUUUCUCUGCCUGCGUCCACACUGGCGGCCCCUGGUUAAAGGGCAGCUCAUUUCCAAAGCAAAUUAACGCAGCCACUGCCAAGAGUGCUCGGACGGAACAGAGCGAGGCGCUCCCAGGGCUAGGACAGACCCCAUGUCCACCGUCCACCCACGUCCACAGACUGCUGUCUGCCCCGCCUCUGUUGCCAAGCAAAUUUUCCUGUUUCUUGUCCCCAGACCCUGGACAUCCCUGUCUUGCUGGCGAUGGGAGAGCAGUUCCUCAUCAGUUGGUCUUAAUCCCGGGCCCAGUGGUGUGCUGGUCCUUUACACACCUCCCGGCAGCCCAGCAGCUGCACCUUCGGUCGGCGGUGUGUGGGCCUUGGGUCAGAGUGCUUACCCCAAAUCGCAUGUCACUGACAUCCCUGAACAGCCGGAUCUGCUGUGAGUCUACCUCCCAGGCUCUGGGCCAGCAGCUCUUCUGAGUCUUCUGUCCAGAUCCCAGUUGGGUCAGUGCCGAGGGGUGCCGUGUCUGGAAUGUUUACUGGAAGGUUUGCUUCACUGUAGCCUGUCACUGUGAUGCAUGCACUGUCAGUCACUACUGCCUGCCUGUGACGCAGGGGUGGUGCUUGGGAUGGGGUGGUAGCUGCACCCCAAGGUCCUGCCUCGGGCAGCUCUGCUGCUGCUCUGACCUGAUGAAAGCACAGAGCUGGGGGCCGCUGCAGACUGCUUUCUGGACAGCUGCCCCCGACAACAGGUGGAGGCUGUCCACCAGUUUGACAAGUAGGCCCAGACACUCGGCAGAAUUCAUGGGACUUGGGGAACCCUUAAUCUGAAGUGCAAUUAUUUUUAAUAAAAGGGGCAUUUGCAAUUAAGCUUCUGCCGGUCCUUCUGGGAUUCAGGGUAAGGAGGAUGUGUCAAAAGGUUCUGACACAGAAGCAGGACUCCAUCCUUGAUGGGCCCCUGGACGUUCCCGGGCAGGGUGUGCAUGUGUGCUGUACUGUGCACGCUCAAAGCAGCACCCUCACGCCCCCACCUCACACGCUAGUAUCACCCAUCUCUAAGGUGACUGGAAAACAGCCAGCCAGGCCUGGUGUCAGUCACGUGGUGGGAGAUGCACCCUCCCCUCCCCCGACCCUGCCCAAGGGCUAUGUAGACUAAGCUGCUACCCCCAACACCCCUGUUCCCAGCCAACAGCUGGUCUGCUUUUGGUCACUAUAGACUAGUUUACAUUUUCUGGAAUUUUAUAUAAAUGGAAUCAUAUAGCAUGUAUU